AUACACAUCGCUACUGGCGCCGGUUGAUAGACGGAAAAUUUUUUAGCACCUCAGUAAAUUUAAGCAAUUGCGUGGCAAUGGCGAACAACAACUAUGCCGGGUUCAACUACGGCGGCACCCAGUACAAUACGGGCCAGGUCACCUAUCCGGCCGUAACCAAUGCGACAUAUGCAAAUGCGGCUGCCUAUCAAAAUGCUGCCGCCGCUGCGGGCCAAGGCGCCGGCGGAGGCGGCGGCGGUGGGUAUGCAGCAGCUGGUGCGGGGGCUGCGCCCUACGGCGGCGGCGGCUAUGGAGACUAUCGUGGUGCCGCCAUGCAAUCGUACGAUGCGACCAAGACAUUCUACCAGCAAGCGCCGGCCAGUUAUACAACGGCCGCAGCGACGGCUGUCACGAAGACGCAUUACUCGGCGCCACCCGUUAAAAAUCCCAACUCGGCACAGAAGGGCAUCGGUAAAAUGGACAAAUCGAAUGGGGCACCAAAACCUCCGCCAAAUGUGCCGGCGGGCAAUAAUUAUAGUGGCUACGAUACUGCGCUCUAUAAUGCGGCCAGCAUGUAUGUGGCCCAGCAGCACCCCGGCCAGCAGAAGGCCAAUGGCGGCAACAGCAACAACAGCUGGUAUCAGCGCAAAAUGGGUUCAACGAUUCCCGGUGCGGUGGCUUUGCGUGGCAUGCGGCCGAAGGCGCCGCCGCGUCCGCAGCAGUUGCAUUAUUGCGAGGUCUGCAAGAUCUCGUGUGCCGGCCCUCAGACGUACCGUGAACAUCUCGAGGGACAGAAGCACAAGAAGCGUGAGGCAUCACUCAAAAUGCAAGCCACGGCUGCGAAUAGCUCCCAGAAUCGUGGCAACAACUAUCACUGUGAACUGUGUGAUGUUACCUGCACCGGCACCGAUGCCUAUGCGGCUCAUGUGCGUGGCGCCAAGCAUCAGAAGGUGGUUAAGCUGCAUCAGAAACUGGGCAAACCCAUACCAUCGGAGGAGCCCAAGAAGAUGAGCAAGAUUAAUUUUGUACCCGCUGCACCAUCAGCAUCAUCCGGAACAAACAGCAAGUCUGAACAAACCGAUAGCAAUUCGGCUAAUGCUGGAGCAGCUGGAACUGCAGCUGGAGCUGGAGCUGGCACCGAAGCGGAGAGUAUGGAUGACAACCUGGAUGAUACGCUGGGCGAGAAUACAGAUAAUAUUAAGCCGGUGGGCGGCGAGUAUAUCGAGGAGAUCAAAGACGACGAGGGCAAGAUACUCAGCUUCAAUUGCAAGCUGUGCGACUGCAAGUUCAACGAUCCCAAUGCCAAAGAGAUGCACAUGAAGGGACGUCGCCAUCGAUUGCAAUACAAACGCAAAGUGCAACCAGAUCUCGUGGUUGACUUUAAGCCGACACCGCGUCAGCGUCGUCUGGCCGAGGCACGUGCCCAGCGGGCUUUGAUGUCCUCGCAUCGUGGCGACGAUCACGAUGCGGGCAACUAUUGGGAGGAGCAGCGCAGUCGCCAGUUCAAUGAAGAGUAUGACUACAACAAUUGGAUGUCGCGCAGCUUUGGCGGUGUCCAGCGCUUUGGACGCAUGGGCAAUGGACCACCGCCACACUUUGGCAUGAUGCCUGGCGGCGGUAAUGUGCGUCGUCCGGAAAGCACCGAUGAUCGUCAUGCCAUCGCGCGUCACGCUGAGAUCUAUCCCAAGGAAGAGGAGCUGCAGACUAUACAGCGCAUUGUCUCUCACACCGAGCGUGCACUCAAGCUCGUCUCCGACACAUUGGCGGAGUUGCCCACUCCGCCAGCUCCGGCUCCAGCUCCAACAGCUGCAGCAGCUGCAGGCGAUAAUGGCCCUGCCGCCAAAAAAGAGAAAUCUGAUAAGGUAUCGGAGAAAGAUGGUCGCGACAAUCAGAUAUUCUCAUUCCACAAGGAUGGCGACAACGGGGGCAAUGUGGUGCGCGUCCUCAAGGGCGUUAUGCGUGUCGGCUAUUUGGCCAAGGGAUUAUUGCUGCACGGCGACACCGCCGUCGAGCUGGUCGUCCUCUGUGCGGAGAAGCCGACGACGAGUCUGUUGCAGCGUGUGGCAAAUGUGAUGCCCGACAAGCUGAAGGAGGUGGCAGGUGAGGCAAAUGUCAACUAUCGCAUCGAGGUCAAUGCCGAAGAAGCGGCUGUUAUAGUGCUCGAUGAAGUGGUCGCCGUAAAGAUAACUCUCACAUCUCCCUUGCUGCGCGAAUCCAGUGAGGGUGGCGCCAACGAUGCUGCAGAUGCCUCAACAUCGGAUGCGGACUUUUUGCCACGCGAGCCAUGUCUGCGGGCACUCGCCGAUUUGCGUCAUGCCAAAUGGUUCCAGGCACGUGCAACAGGAUUGCAAUCGUGCGUGAUGGUUAUUCGCAUAUUGCGUGAUCUUUGCCAGCGAGUCUCAUCGUGGCAAUCGCUGCCGCAAUGGUCGCUGGAAUUGCUGGUGGAGAAGAUUAUUUCAUCGGCUGGUUUUCCCAUCUCACCCGGCGACUGUUUGCGUCGCAUUAUGGAGGCUUUGUCUUCGGGUUUUCUAAUCAACGGGCCUGGACUGUUGGAUCCGUGCGAAAAGGAUCCGACCGAUGCUCUGCAGCUGCUGACGAAGCAGGAGCGCGAAGAUCUCACUGUGUCGGCACAGCUAUUCCUGCGGUUCAUCGCUUUCCGCCAGGUGUUCAAAGUGCUCGGCAUGGAUCAGCUACCAGCCAUGAAGUAUCCGAUGCGCCCAUGGCGCAUCAAUCGCAAACGGCGUCGCUCGUCGGGCAAGGCUGGGGCGCCUGGCGCCGAUGCGGAUGCGGCUGACAUCGAAGAGACUGGAUCUGAUGAGAAGGUUGCCAAGAAGGAUGUUGUAACCCCAGCUGCACCAGCCACGGCCUAAAUGGCCAGGCGGGUAAUCAGCAAUAGUAAUAAUACUACUUAGCCGUCAACAAAUAUUAUGAAUAACAGUUUAUUCUCAAUCUAAUUGCAUUACAAAUAAUGCGAUCAAUAAAUAUAACUAUUUCCAUUCACACUAAUUAAAUCGGCGGGACACUUAUAUUGGUCCCCCGUCCAACAUCUUGUUGCCCCAAAUUGCAAGCAACAACCGUAAAUAGAAAUCCCAAAACUAACAACUUAUUAAAUAACUACAUAAUUAACUAACUGAAUUUUUCUAUAAUAUGCUGAAAUUAAUGCAAAAUGUAUUCAAUUAGGUUUGGAAGCGUUGAUUCUCAAUUCACACCCAAUACAUAUAUUCAACUGCCUCCACUACACGUUUCAAACAUUCAAAAGUGGAACACAAAUUUUAAUAAAAAUAACUACACUUCAUAAAUAGAA